GAGAGAGAGAGAGAGAGAGAGAGAGUCAGUGACACUCGCUCAAGAAAACGAAAAGGGCGUGAAUAAAGGUGUGGUGCUCGGACACUGUACGAAUAGUAAUGGCAGGGAGUAGUAAUACCGCAGAGACCGUCGCAGAGGAGUCAGAGAAAAAGGAUGGAGAUGAUGAGAGCCCAAGGAGACCCCCAAAAAGCGGUUCUUCAAUCGAGGAGCUGAUAUUUUGGCAGAGCGACAUCUAAGCCUUAGUUUGCCCCUAACCUAGAGUUGGUACACUUCAUUAUUAUUGUUAUUUAUUAAGGUUUUUUAGAGCGUUGAAUGGUGAUGAUUAUCGAUCAGUUGCGGAGGAGGAGAAUUCCUUGAGAAAUGGCGUCUUCGAGUUUUCCAGUGGCCGAUUCUGAGGAGGAUGCGCUGUACAAGGAGCUGUGGUAUGCAUGUGCGGGACCUCUGGUCACGGCCCCUCGCCGAGGGGACCUCGUUUUCUAUUUUCCUCAGGGUCACAUCGAGCAGGUUGAGGCGUCGACGAAUCAAGUGGUUGAGCAGCAGGUGCCGGCGUAUGAUCUUCCUGAGAAAAUCCUGUGUCGCGUGCUCAAUGUUCAGUUAAAGGCUGAACCGGACACCGAUGAAGUGUAUGCUCAAGUGACUUUGGUUCCUGAACUCAGUCAAGGAGAUAAUUCGGUGGAAAAGGGGGCUCAGUCUCCUUCCCCUCCUCGGCCUCGUGUGCAUUCCUUUUGUAAGACCCUUACAGCCUCGGAUACGAGCACUCAUGGUGGUUUCUCAGUAUUGAGACGCCACGCUGAUGAUUGCCUACCUCCACUGGACAUGUCCAAGCAACCUCCGACUCAGGAAUUGGUUGCCAGGGAUUUGCAUGGAAAUGAGUGGCAUUUUCGCCAUAUUUUUCGAGGUCAACCAAGGAGGCAUCUCCUUCAAAGUGGUUGGAGUCUUUUCGUCAGCUCGAAAAAGCUUGUUGCUGGGGAUGCUUUUAUUUUCCUCAGAGGUGAAACUGGAGAGCUUCGUGUAGGGGUAAGAAGAGCUAUGAGGCAUCCCAAUAAUGUUCCAUCUUCUGUCAUAUCUAGUCACAGUAUGCAUAUUGGUGUUCUGGCAACAGCAUGGCAUGCUGUUAAAACGGGUACAAUGUUCACUGUCUACUACAAACCAAGGACAAGUCCUGCUGAGUUUAUUGUUCCCUUUGAUAAAUAUAUGGACUCCGUCAAGAACAACUGCCCUAUAGGGAUGAGGUUCAAAAUGAGAUUUGAAGGUGAAGAAGCUCCUGAACAAAGGUUCUCAGGCACUGUGAUUGGAACCGAGGAUACUGAUCCUGUAAGGUGGCCUGGAUCAAAAUGGAGAUGCCUGAAGGUUCGAUGGGAUGAUACUUCUCCUGUUCAUCGUCCAGACACAGUUUCCCCUUGGAAUAUAGAACUCGCUUUGACUCCUACUCUAGAUCCCCAUCCAGUGUGUCGACCAAAGAGGCCUCGUGUGAGCAUGGUACCAUCAUCUACUGAUUCCUUUGUUCCUGCAAGGGAAGGUUUGUCCAAAGCUACUAUAAACCCUUUGCCAGAAAAAGCUUUAUUAAGGGCUGCACAAGGUCAAACAAUCUUGGCCAUGAGAGGUUUCUUUGCUGAGAAUAAUGACUCAGACACCGCACAAAACCCUGCUUCUUUGAUUCAAUCACAAGGUUCUCUGACCCUGCAUGAAUCCUACGGGUUCAGUUGGCCCUUUAUUGAUCAAAAUCCUGACAGUGCUGAUCGAUUGAAGAAGCAUGUUUUAGAUCAGGAUCAAAGAUCCAAUUCCCUUGCGAGUUCGCAGUUGAUGAUGUAUUCCUCGCAUAACAUGUUGGAGCGCAGCAUGAAACUUCCUGCAGCAGCAGUUGAGCAGCAUCCAGGAAACAGGUUGUUACCUCUGCUGCCACAAACAAAUAUUGAAGAAGUAGUGAAAUCUAAAAGAGAUGGCAGUUGCAAACUCUUUGGAAUAUCCCUCAUUGGUAAUCAUGUGGCAACAGAAACAACCUCGGUACAUGCGAAUAUUAUGCAUAGGCCACAAGGGCAAAUUGUUCUUUCACCAGGCCAGCUGCAGACUUUGGUGUCUGACCUACCGUUUCAGCAAGUGGAGAGUCCAAAGUGUGCAGAGAUAGCAAUUAGAGAUGAUGAAUGGGGGAAGCCUUUUCAAGCUUUAGAGCAGCUUUCUAGAAAUGUUCAGGGCAGGCUUCAGAGCAGUUCAACCAGAACUUGCAUUAAGGUCCAUAAGCAGGGGUUUGCUGUUGGGCGGUCUGUGGACCUUACCAAGUUUGAGGGCUACAAUGAAUUGAUAGCAGAGUUGGAUCAUAUUUUUGAAUUUAACGGGGAGUUAACUGCUCCCAACAAGAAGUGGCUGGUGACUUUUACUGAUAAUGAGGGUGAUAUGAUGCUUGUUGGAGAUGAUCCUUGGCAAGAAUUCUGUAGCAUGGUCCGUGAGAUCUUUGUCUACACUCGCGAGGAGGUACAGAAGAUGCGCCCACGACCCUUGAAUCCAAAAGGAAAUGAAAGCUCACCCGUUCCAGACAAAGAGAUGGGUUCAAAAUUAGUUGAAUGAUUGACACACCCUCAGGAGUAGGUCCCAAAUACAGAUGUCAGGUUGCGUUUGUUCAGGUUAUGAAGCUGGAAAGUGGGAUGUGCUGGCACUAUCAGGCAACUUCAAAGCCCUUAUCUUUGGCAGUGGCUUUUUCACCUGUUUACUGCUUGGAUUUUUGGUUUAAUUCCAAAUGGUACAUAGUCUUUGGUCUUUCAUUUUCUGAUUAUUGGGGGUGAGAUAAGGAAAAGUGAAAGUAUCUAUUUUAAGAAGCUUCAGGAAGCUUUCCACAUUCUGAAUCCGCUAUGUACAGAUAAUUUGCAUGUAUACCUCUUCACGUUCAAGUGUAGGCAAGAGCUAAAACGUAGUUUAGAUCCUUGUAGUGAUCUCUUUGCUGGCAUCA